ACCAACUAAAAUAAAAUUAUCUCCAAAUGGGUCUAAUUAUACAAUGUUGAGAUUCCCAUAUUAGUAAACCUUAACUUGAAAACUCCAAAUGUUCUUAGCCAAAAACCUACCAAAAAAAAAGAGACACAAAUUAAACAGUCUACCCUUUGUUAUUCAAAUUAACAUUAUAUGAUCAACAACAAUUAGACUCGUUUCUUAAGCUCCAAUUCAAGAAAAGUAUGGUAAAUCUGAAGUUUUGGUUUCUACUUGCAAUUCUUUCUGUGUUUCUUUGUAAAUCAUCAGCAGUAGAAUCAGAUGCUAUAGAGUCUGUGCUGAGGCGUUUGCAUAGCAAAGAGGCACCACCAAUAGUGCAAGAAUCUGCAGCUAAGGGUGUUUUGCAGAGGCUACUUCCUGCCCAUUUGCACAGCUUUGAAUUUAAGAUUGUUUCCAAGGAUCUUUGUGGUGGAAGAAGCUGCUUUCGUAUAACCAAUUACAAGGUUUCAAGCAGAAAUUCACCUGAGAUAUUGAUUCAAGGAACUACAGCCGUUGAAAUCACAUCGGGGUUACACUGGUAUUUAAAGUAUAGGUGUGGUGCUCAUAUUUCAUGGGACAAGACAGGGGGUGUUCAGUUAGCUUCAGUUCCCAAGCCAGGAUCACUGCCUCUUGUAGAAGCAGAUGGAGUGACGAUCCAACGGCCAGUACCAUGGAACUACUAUCAAAAUGUCGUCACAUCCAGCUAUUCAUUUGUUUGGUGGGAUUGGCAAAGGUGGGAGAAAGAAAUAGAUUGGAUGACACUUCAAGGAAUCAACUUACCUUUAGCGUUUACGGGGCAAGAAGCUAUCUGGCAAAAAGUUUUCUUGGAUUAUAAUAUUACUACUCAAGAUCUAAAUGAUUUCUUUGGUGGACCUGCCUUCCUGGCUUGGGCUCGCAUGGGAAACCUACAUGCAUGGGGUGGACCUUUAUCUCAAAACUGGUUAAAUAUUCAGUUAGCAUUGCAGAAACAGAUAUUAUCUCGGAUGCGAGAGUUGGGCAUGACCCCAGUGCUUCCAUCAUUCUCUGGAAAUGUUCCAGCUGCAUUAAAAAAGAUAUUCCCGUCUGCAAAUAUUACAAGACUUGGAGACUGGAACACUGUUAAUGGUGACCCUCGAUGGUGUUGUACUUUUCUCCUUGCCCCUUCCGAUCCUUUAUUUAUUGAAAUUGGAGAGGCAUUUAUCCGGAAACAGAUUGAGGAAUACGGAGACAUCACCGAUAUUUACAACUGUGAUACUUUCAAUGAGAAUACUCCACCUACUGAUGAUCCGACAUAUAUUUCAUCUCUCGGCUCUGCUGUGUACAAAGCAAUGUCAAAAGCAGAUAACAAUGCGGUGUGGUUGAUGCAAGGUUGGCUAUUUUACUCUGAUUCCAAAUACUGGAAGUCACCGCAGAUGGAGGCACUUCUACAUUCUGUUCCACGCGGGAAGAUGAUAGUUCUUGAUCUAUUUGCUGAUGUCAAACCAAUAUGGAAAUCAUCCUCUCAAUUCUACGGCACUCCUUAUAUAUGGUGUAUGCUGCACAACUUUGGAGGCAAUAUUGAAAUGUAUGGAGUGUUAGAUGCAGUGGCUUCUGGUCCUAUUGAUGCCCGUACUAGUGAGAACUCAACAAUGGUUGGUGUUGGUAUGUGCAUGGAAGGAAUAGAACACAAUCCGGUAGUCUAUGAGCUGAUGUCCGAAAUGGCAUUUAGAGAGGAUAAUUUUCAACUUCAGGGAUGGUUGAAAUCCUAUUCUCACAGACGUUAUGGUAAAGUGAACGAUCAAAUUCAAGCUGCUUGGGACAUCCUUUAUCAUACAAUUUACAACUGCACUGAUGGAAUAGCUGAUCACAACAAAGACUACAUUGUGGAAUUCCCUGACUGGGACCCCUCAGGGAAGACGGGAACUGAUAUCUCGGGGACUGAUAGUUCCAGUCAGAAUCGGAUGCAAAAACUUGCAGGGUUCCAGUUGAACAGACGGUUCCUUUUCUUUGAAAAGAGCUCCAGUCUACCAAAGCCUCACCUAUGGUAUUCUACAGAGGAUGUCAUCAAGGCAUUACAGCUAUUCAUUGAUGCAGGAAAAGAACUUUCUGGAAGCCUCACGUAUAGGUAAAGGCUGAUUCUGACCUUACACAAGU